AUGUUCCGGCUGCGGACCCUUAGAUCUGGUUGCGUGGGAGGACCCCUUCGUUUGACUGGGGCGCGUCUACUGUGGUGGGGGUACAAGGAAAAUGAACUUCACCGACUAGCUCGUCAGCGGCCGUGGUGGGAGAACGCGGCUAUUUUUGCCGGGCUUCUCUGCUUUAUUCAAAUUACGAGUAUAUGCUACUAUUUUGGUAACCGCCUGUACCAAACCUGGCGGCCCUCUGGCAAUAAUCUCUACGUUAAUAAGGCGAUUGAUACGAAGGUUUUUGCGCGUCCUGACCUGUCUGUGGCUGCGGUGCGCAUGGUUAUCCAUCAUGCACUCUCAGGUACUCAGACACCAUUUGGAGCCCCCAUGGUGUAUCCGGAAUACAUGCGCCCUGAGGCAGAGGAACUAAUGAGAUUUGUCUUUGAGUUGCACCGUGAACAGCCCAUGUUCUCUAUUCCUGAUCUUUGGGCAAUGCUGUCAGCAAAGGCACUCGCACGCCUGGGUGGGCCAAACAUUUCAGUGCAUCGCGGCAGACCAAACCCUCCGGAAGAUUUAACAGUGGAAAAACUUCUAGUUGAGACGCCUUCCCUCGUACCGGAAGGGAAACGCGAUGCACUUGCAAUGAAGCGAUUGCUUGCGGGACAGGGAUUUUCUGUAGAGGAAAUUGUUGGCAUGAUUGGUGGGAUUAGGGCGUUGGGCUUUCAUGAUAGCUCAGGAUUUCAUACAAAAGAAGAGGUGAAGCCACAAAUGCGCCGUCACCCAAGUUUGAUGGGACCCCAAGAGGAUGUUUUUCAUCUUCCGGAGACGAUGGAAAAGUGUACUUUGGACCCCUACGUGUUUGGUGGGGAAUAUUUUGAUCUUUUAUUGGAUUAUAACUGGCGGCAGCGAAGUCGUAUCGGUUGGCGGCGUGGCGCCUUUCGCUGUGAUGAAAAGGAUCGCAAACGUGACAUUACACUUCUGGACCCCUUUUCAGAACAGGCCGUGAUGCGGGAGCGGAAACGUCUGCAGGCGCAAGAACAGGCACGGGAAGCUGUGGAGCGGGCGGCUCAGAAGCGAGAACGGUUCAAUGUCGCUGAGGAGGAGGAGCCCGCGAUGGGGCGUGCCGGUGAGGCGCAGUUUAUUUCCGGCGUGGAACCGCAGGAAAAUGUGGAGGAGGACACGACCGACACCGUUGGUCUCGUGGUGGUGCCGGAGUUCAAGAGUCCUUGCUCAAGUGUGUCGAUGCGUGAGAUGGACAUGAUGUUGUUGGACGACGCACUCUUGACUGGGUGGCUGCAUCGCUUUAGCGCAAAUGAGAUUCGUUUCUAUGCCGUUUUUGGUAACGUGAUGAUGAAGAUUCAGGACUGGGGAUACGGUCUUAACUCUCUUUACAUUCCGUCGUGA